AUGCGCUGGGCUGUCACUGCCACUGACGGCGCCGCCGCCGCCGCCCGCCGCCUGUCUUGUCAGGCACCAGACAGCCGGGACAAGUGCGUCAUCCUGUUUGGCACCCAGACCGGCACCGCGGAGCGCUUUGCCAAGUCGCUGCGGGCGCAGCUGGAGGGCAGGUACGGCGGCAGUACCGCGUUCGAGGUGCUGGACAUUGAGCAGUACGACGCGCCCGCCCAGCUGCCCCGCGAAAAGCUGGUCUUCCUGCUGAUGGCGACCUACGGCGACGGCGACCCCACCGACUCAGCCACCGACUUCUGGACCUGGCUGUCGGAGGCGGCAGAGGGCGGCGGCGGCGACGGCCUGCUGGCCGGCCUCAGCUUUGGCGUGUUUGGGCUGGGCAACCGCCAGUACGAGCACUUUUGCGCCAUGGGCCGCAAGGUGUCCAAGGCGAUGCGGCAGCUGGGCGCGGACGAGGCGGUGGCGCGGGGGGAGGGUGACGACGACCGGGACAUCGACGAGGACUUUGACCGCUGGUGCAGCCAGCUGUUUGCGGCGCUGGACGCGUCGGGCCUGGCCGGCGCCUCCAGCGGCCUCUCAGCCGACUUUUUGGCCGCGUAUGAUGUUGAGGAGUGCUCCCUGGCAGAGGUGCCCGCCUCGGCGGUGGACCGCCUGCCCGCCGGCGGCAGCGGCCUGAACAGCCACAGCCCCUUCCUGGCCACCGUGGGCGCGGUGCGGGAGCUGCACACAGGCGGCGGCCGCUCCUGCGUGCAUCUGGAGCUUGACAUCGCCGGCUGCAGGGCCAGCUACGAAGCAGGCGACCACGUGGCGGUGUUUGCGGAGAACUCGCCGGCGGUGGUGGCGGCGGCGGCCGCCGCGCUGGGCCUGCCCCUCGACCACUGCUUCCGCCUGCGCCUGCCCGCCGCCAACAAGCACAGCCUGCCCGAGCCGGCGGUGGCGGGGCCGCUGACGCUGCGCUGCGCGCUGGCGCGGUACGCCGACCUGCUGAGCGCGCCCAACAAGGCGGCGCUGCUGGCGCUGGCGGCCUGCGCCACGGAUGCCAAGGAGGCGGCACGCCUGCAGCGGCUGGCAUCCAUAGAGGGCAAGGGUGAGUACCACGCGUAUGUGGUGGCUGGCAAGCGCAGCCUGCUGGAGAUGAUGCAGGAGUUCCGCUCGGCCAGGCCCUCCCUGGGCGCAUUCUUUGGCAGCGUCGCGCCGCACCUGCAGCCGCGCUACUACUCCAUCUCCUCAGCGCCGCAGCAGCACCCGCGGUCGGUGCACAUCACGUGUGCGGUGGUGCGAGAGGACAUGCCCAGCGGGCGGGUGCACGAGGGCGUGGCCUCCUGCUGGCUGGCGCGGGCGCAGGUGGGGCAGCAGGUGCCGCUGUUCCUGCGCCGCUCCACCUUCAAGCUGCCCGCCAGCCCCUCGGUGCCGCUCAUCAUGGUGGGACCCGGCACGGGGCUGGCGCCCUUCCGCGGCUUCCUGCAGCAACGCGCAGCCCUGCUCAAGUCAGGCGCGCGGCUGGGCACGGCGCACCUGUUCUUCGGGUGCCGCAAUCGCAAGCAUGACUUCAUUUACGAGGAAGAGCUGGAGGCGGCGGUGGCUGGCGGCGCGCUGACGCAGCUGCACGCCGCCUUCUCUCGGGAGCGGUCCCAGAAGGAGUAUGUGCAGCACCAGAUGGAGGCGCAUGCGGCAGAGGUGUGGGCCGCGCUCAGCGACUCAGCGGGCGGCUACCUCUAUGUGUGUGGCGAUGCCAAGAACAUGGCCAAGGAUGUGCACCACACGCUGCACGCCAUCGCUGCCAAGGCCACGGGCUGCUCGGAUGCCCAGGCGGAGGUGAUGAUCAAGAAGCUGGCAGACAGUGGCAGAUACUUGAAGGAUGUGUGGUAGUGUACAUGCCCGUUCAACGCUCAUCCCUUUCGCCUUUCAUUAGUGUCACCUGACCUGAUGCACGCACCAUCGCCUCUGACCAGGCCCCCGCAUUCAAAAUAAAUCCUUACCCCAGUCUUGUGAAUGGCUCAGCAUAUUACGUGCUGACAUUUGCC